ACGAUACCCCGUGUUUAUUAACAAGGACGGUAGAUAUAUUCACAUGUAAUCAAAAUGUGACAAAGUCAUCAAGUAAAAGAUUCUAACGAAAAAUGGUUUCUUUCAUGGACUGACAGCAUCUGAAGGUAUGUGUCAGAGAAUGUUGAAAAGACUAUUUAAACUGUUCAGAAUCCACCAUGGUAAACGAAAAACACCCAGUAUCUGGAAUAAAUCAAAUGACACAGACAUUACAAAUAGGCGAGCGCCAAAGCACAUAUGAGGCAGAUGGUCAUCGAUGGUAUUGGAAAAACGAACGUGAAAGAAAGUGGGUAGAGUUUCAUCACUCCAACAAUGAAAACCUGGAAAGGAAAAUGUUUAAAGAAAAACUGUUUGCGCAUAUACUAGUGGAUAGAAAAUGGCAGCAGGUGACUUUUGCUUCGAUGAAAAUGAUAUUAAUUAACCAUCUCGAUGAAACCGAAGUUAAACGAUCAGUUAGUAAGCCGGUGUAUAAAGGAUUCGGUGGAUCUGAUAUUGACAGCGAAAAGUGUGACGAAGGAGGAUCCUCACCGAUAAAGAAGAGUGUUACUUUACCAGCUUGUCAGGAUGAUGAACAGACAUAUGUGGAUACAUCUGAUGACGACAGAGACAAAUCAAAACCUAUGAAGAGAAAUAAGAAAAACAACAGGGAAAAGGAUACAAUGCAGCCACUCAGGAAUCAUGAUGACAAACAAUGCCACGACUAUGCAGGGGAAAGAAAAUUCGACCAGCAACUACUGAGGAAAGGAGGGGACGAUAUAAGUGAUCCAGAAGCCGACUUCUCUCCCUCUGAUGAAGACGAUGAUGAAUCGAAACAUGGUAGGAGAAAUAAGAAGAAAGAUGGCGAAAAAGACAAAGGACAUAAGAAUGGAAGACAUAAGGACGAUAAAUACGAUAAGCGCACAGGGAAACGAAAACUGGCACAUCAACGGGUGAAAGUGAAUGGAUACAAAAGAAGUGAUCCAGAUGAGGAUUAUUCGCAAUAUGAGCAUGAACGAAAGAAAUGGAAACCGAACAGAACAAUCAGGAAAAACGAAGACAAACGUAAAAAACAAGUGUCUGGCAAACAAAGCCGUUAUAUCUCAGAGAACCAACAAAUGCAAGAUUCAAAAUUGCCAGGAGAAAGGCAGAAAUAUUUUCUUAGCGAUGCAUCUGCUAUACAUUUUGAGGCGCAUCAUGGAGGUUUCCACUUUCUACACACCUUUGCGCAGUUAAACACGGACAGCGUGCGACCUCUUCAUAUUGCGGCGUCGUUAGGGCUGAAGAGGAAUGUGUCCUACCUACUGCAGGCUGGAUGGGACUUAAAUGAAGAAGACCAACACGGCGCGACUCCUAUACAAAAGGCGCAAAAUAAAAAACUGGUGGAGUAUAUUAAAACAUUUUUGCCGGAAGAAACAAAUCCUGUUGAACUGCAACCACAAGCAGACGAUACGUAUGACGAAUGCAUGGUGUUGCCUAUAACCAUGGACAGAGUCGAUCUAUCUACAAGGAGGGUCUACUUGCCGUCUUUCCAGUUCCGGAAAACAUUUGAAAAGGGAAAACACAAGCCACUCUUAUUUACAUCUCCUUACGUUACCACGUACGAAGUUGUAUGUCAACAUCAGGUGUACGGAGUGUUGUGGCUACUUGGUCAGUACGGGAGAGACGUACUUACCUGUUUGAAUGACAUCUGUCUACCAGAUUGGAGCAUUCAAUACUUCCGUGAUUCCAAGACUGGGAAGCUUGACGUGACAAAAUGGCUUCGCAACAACGAAUUGCGGCAACGACACCAACACCACCAUCCUCACCAACAACAACAGCAUUCAGAGGCCCGUACUCCACCAAACUGGAUCCGAUCAAUUAUAGAAGGGAACAUUGAAGAUUUCAAAGCAGAUCUUCAAAGAGGUAUCGGACAUCCUGAUGAUGGCUGGACCCCUUUACACUUCGCUAUUUUGAUACAUCAGCAUGACUUGGUUCGGUUUAUCUUGGAAACACGAAGGGGCGAUUCGGAAACUGCAACACAUACGCUUCUACCACGGUUUAUUCUGGACGAACUGAAGUAUCGCUGUCAGUUUGAGUAUAACUAUGUGUACAAACACACUGUUGGUUUCACCCCUCUCUUGCUUGCAACCUUUAUUGGAGAUAAGGUUGCAAUUGAUAUUCUUGGUACACACGUGACCGGCUGGCAGCUAGACAUGAAAGACUGUCUCACUCUAGCCUACUGCGAGGACACAGAGAACAAUUUACUGAACAUUAUGUGUGGUAUUGGAGAAAAGCAUGUGUGUGAAAAAUACAAUUUGAACGUGAAGCUUCACUCUGUCUACGAAAAAGAUUGUCCAAACAGAAGAAUCCUUAUUAGCUCAUCAAACGACAUACAACGCAGAAUUGAAGAAGAUCUUGUCCCUGUCAGACUUAUACUAGACAACGAAAACAUCAUCCGAGAGUUUCUCAACCACAGUAAAACUGAUAGCUCAGCUAGGAACACGCCACUUCUUGGUAGAGUAAUAGAGUCCCAUGCAGACUGGCUAUGGCAAAGUAAUAGCAACCUCAACGCAAUCAUGCCAGGUCAUACAUCGUCGUUGUCGGAAGAACACCAAACUGACGAAGCCAUGGUGGUCCUUCAUUGCAGUCACAAAGGCUUUAUUCAUACACAUGAACUUCCCUUCAAACGAUACCUCCACAAAGACGGAGAACGUGUCCGCGUGCAUGUUAUACAGGGGCUAUUCAGACUUGGACCUUUAAACAGUAGCAGUCAGUCGGUCCACGACUUGGGGAGAGAAAAGGGCAAAAUACAAACAGGUUAUAAGAUUAAAUAUGGAAAAGCACCCAGGGACAUGAUGGCUACACUUGGUAUGAUGGUUGAGGAUCUGGAUGGAAACACCGGUAUCCUAACAUGCGCUCAUACAUUUUUAAACGACUUUCUAAAAAGUAAAAGUGGUCCGUUUUAUGACAGGCUCUAUAAACAGGAUGGGCCAUUACAAGCUGAUGUUUUUUUACGAAAACCUGAACUCUUGGUAUCAGAUCAUGUGGAUAUUAAUGAAGGAGAAGGAGAGUCCAAAGCAAGGUAUCGAUCAGAUCACGAGUAUAUGGAAGUAGAAGCAGGAGAGCCCCAAGCAAGUUCUGACCCCGAUUGUGAAAUGGCAGAUGCGGAGCAAGCCACAAGAUGUGGAUAUGUCAGAAGAGUGCUUUUCCAAACAGAUACAGAUGUUGCCAUUGACGUAGCGCUAAUCAUGCUUAAUAGUGACGCCAUUGAGUGUUGUCCAAAGCUAUACUUCUUUCCAAGAGAUAGAGAUGACGAAAAAAUACAGCUAAAACGUGUUGGCACAAAUUUCAAGCGGAAAGAUCUGAAGUUUGCAACUGGGAACAAAUUCAAGCAGCCUGUUAAACAAGUUGAACUUGGAUACAAGGUCAUAAAAUGUGGAAUAACGACUGGAUUAAGCGUUGGGGCAUUGGCUUUUUGUGACAACCGUCACCAGGCACAGGUCAAGGUCACUGACGAUCAGUGUCAAGUGACGGUCAAUUCCAAUGUAUUCAUCCUCAAAGGCCAGAUUGUAGUAGAACGAACAGCAGACAAGGAAUUCUUUCAAGAAGGUGAUUCCGGAUCGGCGGUGUUUGUGAAGGCAGAAGAUAGCUUCGAAUGUCUGGGUAUAGCUAUCGGUGGAAUGACGUCCUCCUCUGAGACACUUGUUACUCCCAUUGAAAGUGUACUUCGUGCACUGAAAGAACAGCCACAGGGUGCAAGCCAAAUGCAAGAGUACAAACUCAAAACAUUUUUUUGAUAAAUGGGCUUGGUGUUAUGCUCAUUACAUUCCAAUUCCUUCUGCUUUAACUGGCCAUGUCGUGUCCAAUUUCUAUUUCAAAUCCCGAUGACUUAAUUGA